AUGGGCUGGGGGAGCAGGAUGGAAGGGCUGGGGUGGCUGCUGGUGCUGGGAGUUGCUGUGCUGCUAGGAGCAGAGAGCGAAGCUCUUCUGGAGAUACCCACGUUUGGGGAUGUCUAUCAUGUCACAGGAGUCAUCAGCCUGCCCUACGCCGAGAUCAAGGAGCCCUUCGAGGCCUGGUACAACCUCACUGGGGGGAAGAGCCGCAUCGAGUACUAUGGCGGCCAAGUCAUCACGUACCAGUUUGGCUCCAUCGAGCCCUUUGGCGCCAGCUUCAAGGUGACGCCCGAGACCACGGAGACGGAGGUCAACGUCCGCAAGUGCUUCCGCAUCAACGGCACCGACAGAGACCUCGUUGCCCCGCAGAGCGUCUUCCCCAGCCUGGAAAACUUCAAGCGGGUCCGGGAGGAGCAUUUCCGCGGGCAGCGCUGCGCCGUGUGGCAGAACGUGUCCUACUGGGGCCGCAAGAAGAACGUCUACACGCUGCGGGUGGCCAGCUCGCCCCGGGGCCCCGUGCCCGUCCACUACGAGAUGCGGGGCUUCAACAGCCUCCUGGGCUCCCACUACGACAAGUACGAGAUCGAGUACUCCACUUUCAGUCACCGCUUCCCCGCCAGCGUCUUCCGCCUCCCGGACGGUGAGUGGCCACCGUGUGAGCAGUGGCCCAUGGCUGGCCCCGAGCAUCGCAUCCUGGCCAACCCCAUGCAGGAGUUUGUAGGGAGGGCUCAGGACACGGACCACGUCCAUCACCGUCUCUUCCACCACUACAAGGAAAGGUUUGGGAAGAGCUACAGCAGCGAGGAGGAGCAGGAGCACCGCAAGCGUGCCUUCGUCCACAACAUGCGGUUCGUGCACUCCAAAAACCGGGCCGCCCUCUCCUACACGCUGGCGCUGAUCCACCUGGCCGACUGCACACCCCAGGACGUGUCCCCGUCCCCGCAGACCGGCGUGCUGACCCCCCUGUCCCAGCAAGUCCUCAUCGACUGCUCCUGGGGCUUCGGGAACCAGGCGUGCGAUGGGGGCGAGGAGUGGCGUGCCUACGAGUGGAUCAAGAAACACGGUGGCAUCGCGAGCACUGAGUCUUACGGGCCGUACCUAGGGCAGAAUGGCUACUGCCACUACAACCAGUCGGAGCUGGUAGCCCAGCUGGCCUCCUAUGUCGACGUGGAGCCGGGCAAUGCCGCGGCCCUCAAGGCUGCACUGGUCAAGCAUGGCCCCAUCGCCGUCAACAUUGAUGCUUCGCACAAGUCCUUCGCCUUCUACGCCAACGGCGUCUACGAGGAGCCCCGGUGCGGCAACGAGACGGCCCAGCUGGACCACGCGGUGCUGGCUGUGGGCUACGGCGUGCUGCACGGCAAGAGCUACUGGCUCAUCAAGAACUCCUGGUCCACGUACUGGGGCAACGACGGCUACAUCCUCAUGGCCAUGAAGGACAACAACUGCGGCGUGGCCACCGCAGCCUCCUUCCCCAUCCUGGCCUGA